AUGGUGUCGUGGAGCGACGAGACCAAUGAUGAUUCAGUGCUGAACAUCUCCUCGUCCUACGAUGGCAUCAUCAAGCUUCCUGCUACGAUGCACGAUCCGAAUUUCAAUGGCACUGACGCAGAUGUGAAUGUUUUGUGUGAACACGGUGAGCCGGCCGAGCGCUUUGUUGCAUUUGAAGGGAUGCACACGGGCAGGAGGUUUCUUGGAUGUGCUAAGAAGGAAGGCCUAAACUGUGGAGUAGUUCAAUGGAUUGAUUUUGAAUGGCCAGACUCAAUGGAGAAGGCAUUGGCCAAGCUAUGGGAUAUGUAUGAGGAGAUUAAGUCAGCUAGGACCAAUGACAAUCUAGAGAGUUCAUUUGCAAUCCACAACCUGACAGAAGAGAAGAAGAAACUACAGGAGAAUUAUGAUAGUUUGUAUGCUGAUGUGAAUUCUCUUUUGGAUGCCCAGCAGCAGAGUGGUCUGGAGUUAGCCAAUCAAACGGAGAAGAAGCAAUAUCUUGAAAUUAAGAUUGCUGAGCUAGAAACUGUAGUUGGCAACUUGAAGGUAGAGCUGUCAAAGAAAGAGGAGGAGAAGAAGAAACUACAGGAGAACUAUGACACUUUAAAUGCUGAUGUGAAUUCCCUCUUGGAUGCCCAGCAGCAGAGUGGUGUGGAGUUAAAGAAUCAGAAGGAGCAGAAGGAAUAUGUUGAUGUGAAAAUUGUUGAGCUUGAGACUGUAGUGGGGAACUUGAAGGCACAACUGUCAAAGACAGAGGAGGAGAAGAAGAAGAUGCUGCAAAACUAUGAAACUCUGAAGAACCUGGCAGGUGCUCAAGCCAAUGUGAUUAGGAACUUGAAGUUCAAUCAUUUGAAGGAGAAGGAGAGGCUGACAGAAGAGAGGCUUAAACUGCAUCAUCACAUUUCUGACCUUCAAAAGUCUGAGGAAAAGAUAAAGUUGAAGCUUCAGGGUGUGAAGGCCAUCUUAGAUGAGUAG